AGGAUGGUGUGCUGAUGGUGUGUUUCGUGCCUAGCUGUGGCUUGCUUCGGCCGCUGUGCCCUGUGCGCUGUCUGACUUGUCUGAGGUUCAAGAUGGCCUGUGUUAGCCGCGCUAUGGUGUGAUCCAUUUUGAUAUACAAGUUGUGAAAUUCCAAGUGUUCCCGUAACGCAUCACGUGUCGGCUAAGAUAUCUACAAGGGAAAUUUCUACUAUCCAAGGAAAUGUGACCAGCCAGGAAAACCGGCUCACCCUUACUACAAUGGAUGCUGCAGACUGCGGAACAUACAAUACCGAAGAGAUCUUCAUGAUCUUUCGGGAAUGAUCGUGCGCGUCUUUGCUUCGUGGGGCAAAGAGAUCUUGAGGAUGCUGAGUUCGUGGACCACUAGGCUGGCGAUGACUCUGGAGUUCUGGGAACAGCCAGGUUUUCCAGAGGGACUCGUGCUGGAAGGUUUACGACGAUUUAGGAGGAUGGAGAUCGUAUAUAAAGCCGAGAUGGAAUCACCUUUGGCCCAGUCUCGUCUCGUGGAGGCCCAAGAGGAUUCCACCUCAGUGGAGCCUCGAUUGGUCCCAGUAGCCAAGGACCUGGAGGAUGGGGCCGCUUCCGCUGUCAAGUCACCUGCACCUUCUCAAGACUCGACCGACCCAGCAAUUGCACUUCCGGUUAUCGGAGACUCUGCCGAGAGGACGACUGCGUCCUCCUUGCAGGACAACUUGGAGAAUCGGUGGGAGCUGAUCGAAGACUGCACCGACUCGUCGAUCCAAGAUGUCGCUAAGGAGACGCUCACGUUACUGGUGGAAGCUACCGAGAGGCUGGAAGAGUCUGCUAGGUCCAUUGGUCCCAUGGGAGACGUUGCUGAUCACGAGACUCUUCAGGAUGAAGAAAUACCUGCGUCAUCGCAAUCCUCCACGAACCCUUCGCAGCUGGGGUCUCCGCAACUUCCGGGAUCCUCCAGGAAGAGACCGGCGACCGACUUCCUGCCGAUAACCGCAGAAAUCAAAAGGAUGGGAGUAGAGAUUUCGGAAGAGCGCGCCAACCAAUUGAGAAACGACAUUCGCCGAUUGUCCCCGGUGGUGGUGAGUCUUCACGAGAGGACGCUGGGAGAGAUUUCUUUGACUCCGGACACGAGUCUCUUUGUGGAGGAUGCCGAGGCCUUUUUGCAUGACGAGGACGUCCCCGAGAGUUCAGGAUCUGCCGACGGGAAGCUUCUUCUGGAAGAAUCUCUCUCCCUGUCCAGUGGAAUUGCCAGUGGGUCCAAUCCGGAGGAUACAACCAGUUCAAGCGAAGCGACGAGCUCUCCCAGGACCGAUAAUGUCGCUGAGGACGAUACGACAAUCUUUUCCACGGAACUCGAGGCUCUGACCUCUAGGAAAAUCAUCCCGGAAGAUCCUGUCGACGAUGUUCCUCUUAGUGACAGACUUUCUCCUGCUUUCGUGGCUGUUAAUACGAACUGUGAGAAUAGUGAUAAUUGUGAGGUUGCUGCGAGCGAUGAUAUCGACAGUAGUGCUGCGGUCGAUCCUCUCGAGGAAAAACAAUGCGUGCACGAUGACAAUCUAGAAUCGCGUCUUAUUCCCGUUAUUCCCGGGAACCCUAUAGAUAACCUUAAAAGUGCGAGUCAAUCAAAACUAGAUAAUACGAGGGACGAUCAGUUGGUCAAGUGCGAAUCAAAUAUGCGGGACGCGGUGGUCGUUCUUACGCGAGUCGAUGGUUCACCGAAGAGUCCUGCCAAACUCUCCCCUGAAGGUAGUGGUGCCAGUUCUCUAGGUAUAAGGAAUAUCCUGCACGACGCUUUAGUCAAGAAGUCUCGGCAUUCCGAGGUCGAAUCCCUUGCAAAUGUACGAAGCAACCUGAAGCUUUGUAAAGUGGUUAUGGAGAAGGUAUCUAUGAAUGAGCAGAGGAAACCAUCACAGACGCUGCUGGUUAAUCUGGUUGACAGGGAGGAAGCUCCGGGUAUACCGAAAGGAAUAAUAGAGAAAUUGAACGUUGACGAGGAGAUUGUCUUUGCAUCUGGAAAAAUUGAAAACCAAUCAAAUAAUCAAACAGAACCGAAGACUCAACCCCUCUCUGUGGAGGAGACUCUGAAAGUGCCUGGGGAUCGAGCAGUCGAUAUUCAGGGAUCGAAUGACACGGGAACAGAAACAGAAACUGCUUCCGAUAGUUCCGAACUUACUUCCAUGGUAACGGUACACCUUAGAACGUGCGCGGAAACCGGCUCAGAGUCUGUAACCUGUCCUGAAACUGAUCCUCUUGGCUGCGAGGAAAUUUCGCCGGAAAUUAUAACCAGGUUGGAGCCCGAGAGGCCUGAACCUUUUACCGAGGACUCAGCUGAGAGUCUCGCGCUAGCUACUGGUGCUAGGGACGAAGUGAGGUCAGACGGCAGCGACUCAGGAUUGGGUAGUGAACUUCCUGGUGAUCCUGGACCCGCACCUGCUCCAGAGAGUGAUUCUGAAACUUCGUUCCUUGACAGGAUACCUGAUGACAUCCUUACCGACAAAGAAAAAGCUGUUAGUCAAUUGGAAGGAUUUGUUCCGGACGUCGUCAUCCAGGAUACUCCUCCAAGAGCGAUUCCCAAUUUUCCGAAUCCGCCUAAGAGCAACCUUAAGAGAAGACUCACAGAUUGCAUGGAGAGUGAACCCAGUCCGGCCAAAAGGAGUAACACAGAUGAUACUUCCCCAAGAAAGAAAAAUAUCCAGUUCGAUGCAGUCACUGUUUACUACUUUCCAAGGGCCCAGGGUUUCACCUGUGUUCCUUCUCAGGGUGGUAGCACACUCGGCAUGAGUGCAACGCACACGCACGCAGAGCGCUUCAGUCUGUCGGAACAUGCGGCCGAGCAGCGACGAAUCCACCGCGCGAGACUUGCUCAAUUGCGAUCGGAGCGUGCAGCUAAUUGCGUGACCGAAGCAGCUUCCAGUUCGGAAGACCCCAGCGACGACACCGACGAGGAACCUAGCGACACUGAGGAACUCGAUAUAGAUAGUUAUUAUUUUCUACAACCAGUGCCGACCUGGCAGCGCAGAGCUUUACUCAGGUCAGCUGGAGUUCGCAGAAUAGACGCGGUCGAGAAAGACGAUUGUCGAGAUAUACGUGCCAGCAGGGAACAUUGCGGAUGCGGUUGUAAGGGCUAUUGCGACCCCGAGAGCUGUCCUUGCAGUAGGGCUAACGUCAAAUGUCAGGUCGAUCGAGCUGGUUUCCCUUGCGGUUGCUCUCGGGAUGGAUGCGCCAAUAGUUCAGGACGCAUCGAGUUUAAUCCCGUUCGCGUUAGAACACACUUCAUUCAUACACUGAUGAGACUAGAAUUGGAAAAGAAGCAUCGCGAGGAAGAGAACGAACAUGAUGCGGAUAAUCAUUCGAUGAGAGGUCCUUUACGAGAACUAGGAUCUGUCAUGAAUAAUGAAUCGUGCAUUAAUGAUAGUGGAAAUGGAUUCAUGACGCUUCACUACGAAAAUUCGGAUGGUACGAAUUCAACUUGUCAACCGGAAGUACCUGGUGCUCGAGAGGACAGUCUUGAUUUGUAUGCUAUAAGGGACGAUUGCUAUCCCAGUGAGGAUACGGUUGACGGCGCGCAAAAUCCUCAGAGAAAACUGCAUCCUGAAUUCAGUCAGACCUUCCAAACCUUUCCAGGACAAGUCAAUCCCGUUGUGGCGUUCCAGCAGGGGAGUUAUCAGGAUUACCAGAACUACCAACCGUUACCCUCGACGUCUCGGGCUCACUACCAACCUCAAUUUCAACCUGUGCCUGGAAACUCAGGGUUCUCUCCUUACGCAGCCUACGGUCAAGACACCAGUAGUUCCAUCCAGAGUGGCUGUCAGCCUCACGCAGGAACUCAUGGUACAGGGUACGAGACAUCCUUUUGCCAGGAGGAUGGCGCAGCUUCCCAGUACACGAAUUUAAACUCUGUUCAGCCUAUGAAUACCGUGAUGCAGCAGAUGGGUAAAUUGGAACCCUUCUCUGAACUUCUAGCAGGAAGAUAUUCUUACUACGGUGAAGUGGAGCCACAGAAUCACGGGAGUUACCAUGGGAACACGGCAAAGGUCGAACCAGAGAAGAGUCAGGCGAGCGAACAGCAGUCAGAGAACGCGGAGGACUGCGACGAGAAUUUUGGAGAAAUUAUCAAGAAGUCAAUGGUGGAGACUGUAUCCGCUUAAGAAGUGAGCCAUUAAGGGUGGAACUUAAAACUUUUAAAAGCUUGUCAUAGACGAUGGACUGGAUGCCGCUGAUUAUACGUACUAAGCGAAAGCGUACCAAGCGUACCUGAGGACGGAUUCUUGAUUCUUAAUUUUGCUCCCAGACGCCAGAGCAAAUGACGUCUGAAUCAUAAAAUCAGUGGUGGGGUGAAUAUUGACGUCUCUCGGAAGAAAUAAACACUUACGUGGACGGAACGCCGAAACAUAAAUGGGAGAGAACGAGAGAUCCAUCGACGGGGGAGAAUUUAAUGCGGUUGUGACCAAGAAACAACAUGGGAUCAGCUUAGAAUGCAGUUUAUACUACACCUAACUUUAAUACUUAAGCGUAGAAUCGCGAGUCAUGUGUUCUUAGACGAAGCUUUGCGUUUGUACGUAAGCUGCGGUCACAGCUCGUGAUUACAUUGAUCAGGUUAGGUUGGUAAAAUUUCAAAAAAGGAAGCCAGACAAUUACGCGAAUAAAAACGAGAUGUCCCAAUGAGAAAAUCUUGAGAAAGAAAUGAGAGUCUCGCUGGCUUUGGACUUGGAACAGGCUCCUCGAGAGUUCGUGCAAAUUUACACUGUUUUAUUAAUAUUUCGCAUAGACACUUGAAAAACGCGCUUUACUUUGGAUCCCCUCCAGGUCCAGCUAAAUUAGUUACGGGACUUUUUUUCCAGGUGUGGACCCCUGUCAAGGAGAUCGAGGCAACGGUAUUUUCGAGCGAAAGCAGGUUAUCGACACGAGCGGGAUCUUCGUUUCUUUUUCUUCCAAAGCUAGAAUCUUUUCACGAAGAAAUUUACACGUGUGCUCCAUGAGAGCGUGUGAGGGAUCGUGCGCGCGCGUGCAAGCAAGAGUACAGGCUGACUCGUAUUUACGAAAGGAAUCAACUCAUUUACAGUUUCCUUUUCUUGAAUUUACUUCAGUUUCUUCUACGUUUACUUAAAUCUCUUUGUACACAGAAAAAGAGCACUCUGGCAAUUGAAAAAGUUUCGCAUGCGUUGAUUGGUGCACUUUUAAGGUAGAAUUAGAAUUAAAAAGGUUCAAAAAUUGUAGUGAUUAUUGAAUGAGUAACUGAGGCGUGGAGACAAUUUUUUAUGAAGAAAGAAAAGUAUGGCGGAGUGGUGGCUGCCUUUUAUCGUUCUUAAAAGUAUCCUUUCAGGACGAGUUCGUAGACAGAGAAUUUUAAGACAACUUUCUUAGAAUCUCGGGGCGUUGAUCGCAUACAUCCACGAUUUCAUGAGACGUUAUGCAUAAGGAAAAAUAAUAAUAUGGCGAUAGUAUUAAAUUUAUACAUAUUUACCACGGACGGACGCGUCAGAUCCCGAGCAGCAGGUCUAAAAAAAACGAGCCACUUUCUCAGGCAGCUGGUGUCGUUUUCGCUUAUUGGUUAAACGGCCAGGCAGAGUGCAGCUCUACGCUAAAAUUGUAAAAAAAAGCUGCAAAUCAAAUAAUACAUAAUUCUUAAAAUAUAAAAAAAAAUCGACCGCCAGAGAUAAUUUGAAUUAAAAAAUAAGUAAAGUGCGAUACGUUGCCAGGGACGUGACACCUCCGUAACAAUAUAAAUAUAUAUAUAUAUAUACAUAUAAACUACAUAUAUGUAACUUUUAGAGUAUUUGAGUAAAAAAAGGCAUACAUAGCUGAUAGCGUUUUAUUAAAUGUUGUGAAAAGUC